UGGCAGAACCAAUCAGAUUAACUCUACAUACAGGGAUAUAAAAACGGACCAUUAACUUUAACAAAUUUAAACAGCUUCAUUGUAACGUAAAACGUAAGGGACUUUACUUUCUGCUGCAACACAACUUCUGGUCAUACAUUUUCCGAACUUUCCUCCUCAACAAAAAGAUGGAACCCAUGACCUUGGGGUCUCCUGUAGGUAGCCCAGCUCAGCCUCAAAACAGUCCUGGAACGAAUUCAGGUUACUUACCUGGAUUUCUGCUUGGUGACACCAAUGCACAAUCUAGAACAAGAGUCAUGACACCAGAAUCCACACGUUAUGGAAACUCUGGCCACAAUGUGCAAAAUUCUCCAGUAACUAGUUACACUACUCCAGAAUUCAGAAUAAACCGUCAAAAGGCAAUGUUUGGAGGUGGCAACAAUCUGAAUAUUUCACAAAUCAACACAGAAAACCAUGCCGGUGGACCGCCUACGAAAUCCCUGUACGACAGUUUUGAUACUAAACAAGCGGGUACUCCAAACCUAUCAUUUGGCAAUCAGAGUAUGAACCAAUCAAGAUUCCUGAGUGGCGGAUUCGCAAAUAACACCACAAAUGCUCCCUAUUGUGAAACACCGAUAAAUCAAACUCAAAACGAGUCCAUGCAAGGGCUACUGCAGUGGGUCACAGUUUUUGGCUUUCCUAUCACAUCUCUAAACACUGUAUUAUCGCAUAUUUCAAGUAGAGUACGAAUUGUCGACAAACAUUCAGCUCCACACUCACAGAGCAACUGGAUCCACUUGAAGUGUUCAUCGGAGCAAGAAGCUCAGCGAGCACUCACGUGUAAUGGUAAUAUCGUUGCGGGUUCAAUUAUGAUCGGAGUCGUACCCUGCACCGACGAAGGCGUCAUUAUUGGCGGAGACAAAGAAAAUCGUUCAAUGCUCAAUGACAGCAUGAGAUUGUUCUCGACUCCAAUAAAACCUGCGGGUGUCGGUGGACUAAACAGCUCCAGGGCAUCAGGACGGAUACCCAACGCCAGGCCACUCGUUUCAGGUUACAAUCAGCACUUGAGUCCUCAAGCUGUUAGAACGCCAGACAAUGUUCCACAUAAAUCAUCCGGUCUAAUAACAAAAACUAUGGAAUACAUUUUUGGACUGUGAUAGGAUUUAUUGAUUUGUUAGUUAAUUGACGAUUGCUUUGCUGGCAAGGACUGUCAUGAUUUUGGAAGCUGAUCGUGUCAAUAAUGUGGAAGUCUAUGUUUUUGUAUAGGAAUUUUUUUUAUGUGCUAAACACUUUAUAGUUUUUCAAUUUGUAAAUAUUGUUCGGACGCUGAAAUCAACCAGUCGCUUUUAACUUAUGUGUUAUUUUUACUAAUUAUUGUUUUUCUUGAAAAAGUUGAACGACAAGAGUGGUAAUUCAGAAUCUAUCCACAGCACGCAAACGUUGUAAAAAACUAUAUGUAAAGCAAAGUUAUUAAUUCUUAUAUAUGUGUAAUACCUUCCUUAGGAAAUUUUUUUGAAUAAAUAUGUCAGUUUAAAAUGAAACAACUUUUAA